CCCGGCUUGUCGGGCAUGGGUCCAUCGUCUCAAUUGGUUUCAUAUAUUUGUUUUCUUCCCCAAACAUUUUUCUUUUUAACUUUCAAGUCCUCCGAGAAGAGGCGACGCAAAUUAUAUAACUGCCCGAGCUUUCCUUUCUCGGUCGGAAACUUCUUGGUCCGGUCACAACGUUCGAAUCUUCUCUGCCGGAACAAUUCUGAUCGAUCACAACUGUCGAAUUUUGACAUUCAGAUUCUGGGUUUUGGAUUUUGGUGGAGCUGAUCGAUAUUGAAUGGCUUCUUCAAGUCUGGGGAGCUCAAUCCCCGCGCCAGAGGCUGUUCAGCUUCUGGUGUCUUCUCUAGCUGAUGAUUCCUCUGUGGUCAGAGAAGCUUCAAUGGCUUCCCUGAGAGAUAUUGCCUCGCUGAAUCCGCUUCUGGUUCUUGAUUGUUGCUAUGCUGUGUCACGUGGAGGAAGAAGGCGGUUUGGUAACAUGGCUGGGGUUUUUCAAGUAAUGGCAUUCAGUGUUGGAGCAUUAGAGAAAGGGGAGAGUGAUGAAGUUUUCAUGGGAAAACUUGCUAAGAUUGCUACAGCUGAGAUAAUAUCUUCCAAGGAACUAAAUGCUGAUUGGCAAAGGCAAGCGUCAGGGCUUCUUGUUUCAAUUGGAACACAUUUUCCUGAUCUGAUGAUGGAAGAAAUAUUUCUUCAUCUGUCUGGUCCGGCUUCAGCUUCGCCUGCUAUGGUUCAAAUUCUUGCCGACUUUGCCUCAUCUGAUGCUUUGCAGUUCACUCCACGCCUGAAAGGAGUACUUUCAAGGGUUUCGCCUAUUCUUGGGAAUGUUCGGGAUGUACACCGACCAAUAUUUGCAAAUGCAUUUAAGUGCUGGUCUCAGGCAGUGUGGCUAUACAUCACAGAUCUUACCUCAGAUUCUCCUCUUGACAGCGAUGUCAUGUCCUUUCUAAAUUCAGUUUUUGAGCUGUUGUUGAGAGUCUGGGCAACUUCCCGAGAUCAUAAGGUACGAGUAUCAACUGUAGAGGCUCUGGGUCAAAUGGUUGGUCUUAUCUCGCGGACACAACUGAAAUCAGCAUUACCAAGGCUUAUUCCAGCAAUACUUGAACUGUAUAAGAAAGAUCAUGACGAUGCUCUUUUGGCGACAUGUAGUCUUUACAACUUAUUAAAUGCCUCGUUACUUUCGGAGUCUGGUCCUCCACUGCUAGAUUUUGAGGACCUUACAAUUGUUCUGUCAACACUUCUUCCUGUGAUCAGUUUUAGUAAUGAAAGCAAAAGGUGCUCAGGUCUUUCAGUGGGACGGAAGGCAUACAAUGAAGUGCAGCGGUGUUUUCUGACUGUUGGCUUGGUUUACCCUGAAGACUUGUUUACGUUUCUUCUUAGCAAAUGCAAGUUGAAAGAAGACCCUUUGACGUUUGGUGCUCUUUCUGUCUUAAAACAUCUGCUUCCGAGGUUAUUUGAAGCUUGGCACCCAAAACGGCCUCUUUUGGUUGAUGCUGCAAGGUCUUUGUUAGAUGAGCAAAGUUUAUCUGUUCGAAAAGCUCUUUCAGAGUUGAUCGUGGUCAUGGCUUCACAUUGCUAUCUGGUCGGUCCAUCUGGGGAAUUAUUUGUCGAAUACCUUGUACGCCAUGCCGCAAUAGGAGAGAUUGACAAUCUGAAGGCAAAAGGGGAACCAGUUAGUCCAACACAGCUAAGAGCAGUCUGUGGAAAAGGUCUUCUUCUCUUGACCGUUACAAUCCCGGAGAUGGAGUACAUUCUUUGGCCUUUCCUACUGAAAAUGAUUAUCCCUAGGGUUUACACUGGCGCUGUUGCAUCAGUCUGUAGAUGCAUAUCUGAACUGUGUCGUCGUAGAUCUUCAACUACCCCCAUGUUGAUUGAGUGUAAAGCUCGUGCUGAUAUUCCUAGCCCUGAGGAGUUGUUUACCCGUUUGGUGGUUCUUUUGCACAACCCUCUGGCAAAAGAGCAGUUGGCAACCCAAAUUUUGACGGUCCUUGGCUAUCUGUCCCCUUUAUUUCCGAAGAACAUAAGCAUGUUUUGGCAAGAUGAGAUUCCAAAAAUGAAGGCGUAUGUCUUUGACACAGAAGAUCUCAAGUUCGAUCCAUGUUACCAGGAAAAUUGGGAUGACAUGAUAAUCAAUUUUCUAGCAGAAUCACUGGAUGUCACCCAGGAUGCUGACUGGGUUAUAUCUCUUGGAAAUGCUUUUGCAAAACAAUACGUUCUUUAUACUCCGGAUGAUGACCAUGCAGCACUACUACACCGGUGCAUGGGAAUACUUCUCCAGAAAGUUAAUGAUAGAGCAUAUGUUCGUGACAAGAUUGACUGGAUUUACGAACAGGCUGACAUUUCUAUACCUGCUAAUAGACUUGGUUUAGCCAAGGCCAUGGGACUGGUCGCGGCUUCUCACUUGGACACUGUUCUGGAAAAGCUGAAAGUUAUUUUGGAUAAUGUUGGGCAGAGUAUUUUCCAAAGGAUCUUGUCUCUCUUCUCUGAGAGUUAUAAAACAGAAGACAGUGAUGAUAUACAUGCUGCUUUGGCUUUGAUGUAUGGAUAUGCUGCGAAAUAUGCCCCCUCGUCGGUUAUUGAGGCCAGAAUAGAUGCACUUGUGGGCACGAAUAUGCUUUCAAGGCUUCUUCAUGUGCGGCAACAAACAGCAAAGCAAGCUGUUAUAACUGCUAUUGAUUUGUUAGGUCGUGCUGUCAUAAAUGCUUCAGAAAGUGGUGCUAAAUUCCCACUGAAAAGAAGAGAUACGAUGCUUGAUUAUAUAUUGACUUUGAUGGGUCGAGAUGAAAAUGAAGGUUUUGCAGAAUCUAGUCUUGAGCUUCUACACACUCAGGCACUUGCUCUGAAUGCCUGCACAACCCUGGUCUCUGUCGAACCGAAGCUGACAGUUGAAACUCGAAAUCGUGUCAUGAAGGCUACAUUGGGAUUCUUUGCUUUGCCUAAUGAUCCAUCAGAUGUCAUCAGUCCCCUUAUAGACAAUCUUGUGACUCUCUUGUGUGCCAUCCUCCUUACAAGUGGAGAGGAUGGCAGAAGUCGAGCUGAGCAGCUUUUGCAUCUGCUUAGACAGCUUGAUCAAUAUGUUUCGUCACCCAUUGAUUACCAAAGAAAACGAGGUUGCGUGGCAGUUCAUGAGAUGCUUCUAAAGUUUCGCAAGCUAUGUGUUGCCGGUUAUUGUGCUCUUGGUUGUUCUGGGGAUUGCCCACAUAGGAAGUUUGUAGACCGAAGUAUGCAGGGGAAUUUUUCAAACCUACCAUCGGUAUUUUUAUUUCCUGACCGUGAGGUGUUGUGUUUGGGAGAUAGGGUCAUAACCUAUCUUCCACGCUGUGCUGACACAAAUUCUGAAGUUCGAAAAAUUUCUGCUCAGAUUCUUGACCAGUUCUUCAGCAUUUCCCUUUCCCUUCCAAAAGCUGCACUCUCAAGCGGGUUGGAUUCUGAAGACUCCUAUAAAGCCCUGUCUUCCCUUGAGGAUGUCAUUGCCAUUUUGAAAAGCGAUGCCUCUAUUGAUCCAUCCGAAGUUUUUAACAGAAUAGUCUCAUCCAUUUGUGCUCUUUUAACGGAGGAUGAGCUUGUAGCAGCCUUGCACAAUUGCUCUGCAGCUAUCUGUGACAAAAUCAAGCAAUCUGCUGAAGGAGCCAUUCAAGCCGUUACUGAGUUUGUUACAAGAAGAGGGAGUCAGCUUAGUGACAAUGAUAUAUCAAGGACGACUCAGUCCUUGCUCUCAGCAGCAGUUCAUAUAACUGAGAAGAACUUACGUGUUGAAGCUAUUGGAGCUAUCUCUGCACUAGCAGAGAACACACAAUCAUCGAUUGUGUUUAAUGAAGUGUUGGCUACUGCUGGAAAGGACAUUGUGACAAAGGACAUAACUAGGAUGCGUGGUGGCUGGCCAAUGCAAGAUGCAUUUUACGCUUUCUCUCAACAUACGGAGCUUUCAGUCACGUUCAUGGAACACUUAAUAUCCGUUCUCAAUCGUAGUUCUUUGGUUAAAGGUGAUUCACAUAAGGGAGAUAGUACUAGCUCUUCUUCUGAGACACAUGUAGAGGAUGAUAUUCUUCAAGCUGCCAUUUUUGCUCUCACUGCUUUUUUUAGAGGUGGCGGAAAAAUUGGAAAAAAAGCUGUUGAGAAAAGCUACUCUUCUGUCGUUGGGGCACUUACUCUUCAGUUAGGAAGCUGUCAUGGACUUGCAAGCUCUGGUCAGCAAGAUCCAUUACGAGUACUUCUAACUUCAUUCCAGGCUUUCUGCGAGUGUGUUGGUGAUUUUGAGAUGGGCAAGAUUUUGGCUCGUAAUGGGGAGCAAACAGAAAAAGAAAAGUGGGUUGAUCUUAUUGGCGAUAUUGCUAGAUGCAUUUCAAUUAAGAGACCGAAGGAGGUUCGACAUAUUUGCAUGAUUCUAACGAAAGCACUAAACCGUCCACAAAGAUUCCAAAGGGAAGCUGCUGCCGCUGCAUUGUCAGAGUUUAUUCGCUACAGUGGUGAUUUUAGUUCUGUAAUGGAGGAGAUGGUCGAAGCACUCUGCCGACAUGUGUCAGAUGAUUCUCCGACUGUAAGGCGCCUUUGUCUAAGAGGAUUAGUGCAAAUGCCAUCAGCUUGUAUGAACCACUACACAACGCAAGUUAUUGGUGUAAUAUUAGCGUUGCUCGAUGAUUUGGAUGAGUCGGUGCAACUAACUGCUGUGUCAUGCUUAUUGAUGGUCACAGAGUCAGCAUCUAAUGAUGCUGUUGAACCUAUCUUGUUGAAUUUAUCUGUUCGGCUUCGUAACCUUCAGAUUAGCAUGGACCCGAAGAUGAGAGCCAGUGCAUUUGCAGCAUUCGGAGCAUUAAGUAAAUAUGCUACUGGAGGGCAACGGGAGGGAUUUGUUGAGCAGAUUCAUUCUACUCUUCCUCGCUUGGUAGUACACCUCCAUGACGACGAUGCUAGCAUAAGACAGGCUUGUCGGGGUACCCUCAAGCGGUUUGCUCCACUCAUGGACAUACAAAACCACUCUACCCUGUAUGAUUCACGUGCUUUUGGCUCUGACGAUAGAAAUGACUAUGAAAACUUCGUAAGGGAACUCUCAAGGCACUUGGUUCAAGAGUCGGAAAGGGUUGAUACUUACAUGGCCUCAACUAUCCAGGCUUUUGAUGCACCGUGGCCAGUUGUUCAGGCGAAUGCAAUACACUUCUCCACCACCAUGCUAUCACUCUCAGAGGAUCAUCAUAUAACCUCUCUCUACUACCCACAGGUGUUUGAAACGCUGGUUAGCAAGAUGACCCGGUCACAAGAUUCAGUUGUGAGAGCGGCAUGCUCAUCAGCCUUUGGGUUACUACUAAGAUCAACCAAGUCAUCAUUGUGGAGAGGAGCUCGACUUGACCGGACCGACUCAGGUAGAAAAGCCAAUGAUCCCGAGUCUGUUAAGAAAUAAUAACAGACUUUGGGGUCUUUGUGAAUACAAACCGGUUACUGCCGAAAUCUGGGGGCGCUUGCGAUAUAUAUGGUUCCAAAGGUACAGUGUGCAACGUGGAACACAUCCAGGUUUGUGUGUUUGUUGUAAAGUGUUUGUGUUUUUUCAUCUUGUAAGGAAAUUGCGGCUAGUGUGUCAUCUCCAUUAUCGAACUGAGGAAAGAAACAUUUACACGCAAGUGUUGUAGGGUUACCCACUGGUCCUCUUUUGUGUAUUGUGUCUUUUGAGGCUUCUGGUAGAUAUAGCUGUCUUGAAAGAGUCCGGAGUUGUAUAUUUUUUCUGUACUGUUUUAUAAUUGGAGUUUAAUUAAUAUUUAAAGUUUAUAAAAAAAUCGAUUGUUGGGGGUAAAAUUAAUAAUUUAUAAUCAUUUAUUGUUAUCCUUGAGAGUUGCAGUAGAUGUAGGCAUGUCGCUAUCAGGCGAGCCUCCAAGAAGUUGUUUUUGUGUCGGCGAAUUAUCUUCUUUUCCGUGUAAAGGAAAGUCAUUAGAAGACGCCAGAUGGGGCACGAACAGACAAACUAAGUAUUGGCCAAGAAUGUCCUGUAGUAAUAACAAUAGAUGGACUGAAAAGGAGAUGACAAACUAAGUGUUUGGCAAGUAAAAGCUGUUUACGUCAUCCAUUACGUCUUGUGUUCAGCUUCUAUUUGCUCUCCACGCAUCUUAUUCUAUAUAAGUUCUGACGAAUAUUAUCCAAAACCAGAAGAAAAUAAACUUAUCAGCAUGGGUUCCAAAACAAUCAACACUUCUCCUCCUCUUCACUUUGUUCUAUUCCCUUUCAUGGCUCAAGGUCACAUGAUUCCCAUGGUCGAUAUUGCAAGGCUCUUGGCUCAGCGCGGUGUGACCAUAACAAUUGUCACCACGCCUCACAAUGCGGAGAGGUUCAAGAAUGUCUUAAGCCGUGCCAUCGAGUCUGGCUUGCCCAUCAACGUAGUGCAUGUGAAGUUUCCAUAUCAAGAAGCUGGUUUGCCAGAAGGAAAAGAGAAUAUAGAUUCUCUUGACUCGACGGAGCUGAUGAUGCCUUUCUUGAAAGCGGUUAACAUGCUCGAAGAACCGGUGCAGAAGCUCAUAGAAGAGAUGAGCCCUCGACCAAGCUGUCUAAUAUGUGACUUUUGUUUGCCUUAUACAAGCAAAAUCUCCAAGAAGUUCAAUAUACCAAAGAUCGUCUUCCAUGGCAUGUGUUGCUUUUCUCUUCUGUGUAUGCAUGUUUUACGCAAGAACCUUGAGAUCUUGGAGAAUUUAAAGUCUGAUAAGGAGAGUUUCGUUGUUCCUUAUUUUCCUGAUAGAGUUGAAUUCACAAGACCUCAAGUUCCCGUGGCAACUUAUGUUCCUGCAGGAGAGUUGAAAGAGAUGGCGGAUGAUAUUAUAGAAACAGACAACGCAUCCUAUGGUGUGAUAGUCAACACGUUUCAAGAGCUGGAACCCGCUUAUGUCAAAGACUACAAGGAGGCUAGGGCUGGUAAAGUAUGGUCCGUUGGACCCGUUUCCUUGUGCAACAAGGUAGGAGCAGAUAAAGCUGAGAGGGGAAACAAACCAGAGAUUGAUCAAGACGAGUGCCUUAAAUGGCUUGACUCUAAAGAAGAAGGGUCGGUGCUACAUGUUUGCCUUGGAAGUAUAUGCAACCUUCCUCUAGCUCACCUCAAGGAGCUCGGGAUAGGUCUAGAGGAAUCCCAAAGACCUUUCAUUUGGGUCAUAAGAGGUUGGGAGAAAAACAAAGAGUUAGUUGAGUGGAUCUCUGAGAGCGGUUUCGAAGAAAGAAUCAAAGAGAGAGGACUUCUCAUCAAAGGAUGGGCUCCUCAAAUGAUUAUCCUCUCACAUCCUUCCGUUGGAGGGUUCUUAACGCACUGCGGAUGGAACUCAACACUUGAGGGGAUAACCUCUGGUCUACCGCUGCUUACAUGGCCGCUAUUUGCAGACCAGUUCUGCAACGAGAAAUUGGUCGUGGAGGUGCUAAAAGCAGGUGUGAAAGUCGGAGCUGAGCUGCCUAUGAAAUGGGGAGAAGAGGAGAAAAUUGGAGUAUUGGUGGAUAAAGAAGGAGUGAAGAAGGCCGUCGAAGAAUUGAUGAGUGAUAGUGAUGAAGCUAAGGAGAGAAGAAGAAGAGCCAGAGAGCUUGGAGAGUUAGCUCACAAGGCUGUGGAAGAAGGAGGCUCUUCUCAUUCUAACAUCACAGCCCUCUUACAAGACAUAACGCAACUAGCACAAUCCAAUAAUUGAUAUUAAACACGUGUACUAAUCAGCUGAAGACAAGUCAAUGAUAGCAUUCACUUUCUGACGUCAAACUUCAAAAAGUUGGUUUAAUCUUCUUUCAUACAUCAUAAUACAUGUAUCUAAAAUCUACUGCUCCAUUUUUUACUCCAU